AUGUCAUCCAGCGAGACGUCUUCGAGAAAGAGAGAUGCGGAAACAAUUCACGUCGCGGGGAGCCCUAACGCGAAGCGGACCAAACGCUUCCGUGUCUCUAUAGCAUGUGCAGAGGUAAUCGAGGGAUGCGAGCACUCUAUCGUGGCCAUAUUAAAAGGCGAGUCCGCUAUCGCUUCCCCCGGUGGCCGGGAAGAAGAGACUGUCUCGACUGUCAACGUGUUGGUAGAUGCAUGGCGUAACAGCCCGUCAUGGAAGGAGCUGGAGACAAUUCUCUCAACGGUCGAAUCCGGGGAAGAUGAAGAGCUCACUGCGCGUGAUCUGCAUGACAGGCUCGAUGAAGCCCUGAAGAAGUCAUUAUCUAUUAAGGAGGAGUCGGCCACAAGCGCGAUACUUUGUGCGGCUUCACCACCCGACAGCCUGGCUGUGUUGCCUGACCACGUCAACACUUCAGAUGUUGUUGGGUCUCCUCGAGGGGACGGCGGCAUUUGGAACAAGGAGACCGGCGCCAUCGAAAAUCUUUCGCAUGAAAUUCGACCUGGAAGAUUGGCUAGCCUGUUACAAGAUUGGUCUGAACUUCUGGAUUUCUAUUUCGCAAAUACGAACUGUUGGAUACCCAUUGUCUUGAGGAACGACGCUUUUCGGGCGGCAUAUAUUUUCUCUACCGAGCCUAACUGUAAUAAUGCGAAUCAGUUACCGCUUGGCGACCAGGCCUGCCUUUUAUCAAUACUGGCCUAUGCUAGAUAUACACAGUGUAUUACCAUCGGAAAGAACGGCUCUCGGCAAGAUUUACAGGAUCAGUUCGCCAGCCUCUUCGCCCAAGCCUCACAGCUGAUAACAACCUACGAGAGUCGAAGAGAGAUUGGCCAUAUUCAAGCCAUGCUGGUCUUCACUCUUCUCCACUACGCCCAAGGAAACCUGGGGCUGGCGUGGUCCUUCGUCGGCAGAGCUGUAUACCACUCUGUUGAGCUAGGUCUCUUGACAUCGGGAGUCACACAAUCGCCGCCUCUGGAUGACCGAAGCAAACGAGUUAUACUAAGUUGCUUUGUCCUCGAGACUUUGUUGUCAGCUAGGCUACACAGACGGCCAUAUAUGCGGCCCUCCGACGUUCAAUCUGUGGGCUUACUCGACGCUGAUGGUAUCGAAGAAUGGGAGCCGUGGCGACCGACGGGUCUAUCAUCAUCCGCGGGCGCCGAUGCCGAGUAUAGGAACCUCCCAUGUUUUAACCCUACUACCCCCGAUGUGCACCGGAUUCUCGCACGCGUGGCCGAAGGACUCAAGCAACAAGGUGCCGUCACACUUUCGCCCAUUUCCGAUGUAUAUCUUCAUAUGAUCGAGAGCAGAAGCAGCAACGUCACACCAACGUUUCCGCCUGAAGGACUUGAUCCCAUCAAACCCAUGCGGGAAAUCAGGGCGAGAUACAAUGAAACCUGGCGUAACCCCAACAUGGACCCUCGUGACCCGGCUCAAGCAAGUAUGCGCAACGAGGCUGAGCCCAUCGCAGUCUCCAAUGAACCCUUUGGGGUUCCGGGUGAAAGUUCAAAGACUCAACCUGGUUCAAGAAAUCAGUCCUCGGCUACGAACGUCAUGGACAGUGCGGCGAAUGGAGUCGGCACAUAUGCUUUCAGAGCUCCAAGCGCUUUAGUUCCGGCCCAGCCGGAAGACGAUCUGUUCAACAGCCUUGUGUCUCUGGACAAUGAUGACAGUGUCUUGACCGUUCUGCUCAAUAUCGUCAAGCCACGGCCAGAACCAAUGGCUACCUAUCAACCCGCUAUUCUGUCUGCUUCGUUGGGCCGUGCAUGGCUUCAUGACCUCCACUAUAAACUGAAUCAAGCUGCUGCAGAUGGCUUCAAGGGAGUGGAAAUAUUCUAUGAGGACCUCGAAUAUGACGCGAGACGAAAGUUCCAGACUGAAAGCCCUAGCCCAGAGCAGCUGAUCAAGACCGCAACUGGGAUCCAGAGGACCUGUCAAUCAGCGGGACUUGAGGUCAUCUCCCUCCAGCCGUUCCUCUUCUACGAUGGUCUACUUGAUCGAGCUGAGCAUGAUCGACUGAUUGAUACGAUUCAUGUGUGGUUCAAGAUCGCCAGGGAGCUCAAGACAACCACGAUCCAGAUCCCAGCCAACUUCUUGUCCGCUGAAAAGCUCACCGGCGACUUCAACCUGAUUGCAGAUGACCUAAGGCAAUUGGCAGAUCUGGGCCUCAAGGAAGAGCCCCCCGUGAAGUUUGCAUACGAGAGCCUCUGCUGGAGCACGCAUGUUGACACUUGGGAGAAGGCCUGGAAAAUCUGUAAAAUGGUCGACCGCCCUAACUUUGGGCUGUGUCUCGACACGUUCAACAUCGCCGGCAGGGUCUGGGCCGAUCCGACGUCGCCGAACGGCAAGACGCCCAACGCCGACGCGGACCUGCGGGCGUCCAUCGAAGCUAUGGUGCGGGAGGUGGACCUGGCCAAGGUGUUCUUCAUCCAGGUGGUGGACGCGGAAAGAUUGGCGUCGCCGCUCGUCGAGGGCCACCCUUUCCACGUGGAUGGGCAGCCCGCGCGUAUGAGCUGGUCGCGCAACGCCCGCGCGUUUAUCUACGAGGAGGAGGAUCGUGGGGCAUAUCUUCCAGUCGAGGCCGUUACCAGGGCUCUCAUUGUCGACAUGGGAUACGAGGGCUUCGUGUCCAUGGAGCUCUUCUCGCGGACCAUGUCCGAGGAGGGGAGCGAGGUCCCUAAGCAACACUCACAGAGGGGAAUCCAAGCGUGGGAAAAGCUGAAGAAACGCUUGCAACUGGAUUCUAGGUAG